AUGCUCCUAAGUGGACUGCACCUCAGCAUGUUUACCCCGGGGCAGCUGGUGUCUACUCUUCUGCCUGCGGUCCUUCAUUCUCCCACAGCUCACUUCUUCCCUGCGUUUCCGACCAGACUGAGCGCCCAACCUCCCAUCCUGAUCCCUGGACCUUUUCUCAGCUAUGAGUCUUUGAGGAGUUAUCUCCAGCCCGAGCCCUGUAAGGAGGCGCUGCUGCUGGCCACACAGACUGUGGGGCUGGGCCAGUUCUCCGAGAGCAUAGAUGAACAGCGGCCAGUGAAGCAGCGGCGCGCCCGGGCCAACUACAGCAGCUGGCAGCUGGAGGAGCUGGAGAAGGCCUUCGAGAGCACGCACUACCCAGAUAUCUUCAUGAGGGAGGCCCUGGCCCUGAGGCUGGACCUCAUCGAGGUUAGAGUACAGGUUUGGUUUCAAAACCGUCGAGCUAAAAUGAGGCGUCAGAUGAAACUAAAGGGGCAGAUGUCAGGUCCUUUUGUCCUCACAAACAGAGACAGUGAUGCAGCUCUGGACAGAGGGGCUGUAGGACACACAGAGGGGUGUAAGCCAGGACAGGACAGAACAUGUCCAUGGACCAAAGCCUCUGGAGCUUUGAGUCUCCACACUGUCCCGGGACAGAGGGCAGAAGGGCCCAGCUCAGAGCAACGCCGCUGCUGCAGCAUCGCCAGACUGAGGGCCAAAGCCCGAGAGCACGAGGCUGAGCUCCACAGCUCUGUGACAGCAGACAAACUGUCCACAGCACAGGACACCCAGACCAAGGACACACUCUGA